CAAAAUAAUCCCAUGUGGCUGUUUUUACGCUCUUUUUCAAGGAAAUUUCUCCUUCCGCCAUUUCCCCCACGUAGACACGUCUCUCUUCUGCAACUUGCAGGGACCGAAAAACAGCAACACACGCGAGAAAACCAAAGAUAUCGGCUUCAAGGAAGCUGAUGCUCAAGAGUCUGAUGGUGGCAAAGGCUAAAGAGGAGCUAGAGCAGGAAAUCCUGGACAAAGAGGAGGAGAAAGACAGGUAUCUCUCAGAGAGAGCGCCCCCUCUCAAAACUAGUGGUCUGAGCCUCGCACAGCUGCAGGAUCUGUGCAGAGAACUUCAUGCCAAAAUUGAUGUGGUGGAUGAAGAACGAUACGACAUUGAAGCUAAAGUCAUGCUCAACACACGUGAGAUUAAAGACUUGAACAUCAAGGUUUUGGACCUGAGGGGGAAAUUCAAGAGGCCAAAUCUGCGCAGAGUUCGUGUGUCUGCUGACGCCAUCCUGCGCUCUCUGCUGGGAUCCAAACACAAGGUUUCCAUGGAUCUGAGGGCCAACCUGAAGUCUGUGAAAAAAGAGGACACCGAGAAGAAGCGUCCAGUGGAAGACAGCGACUGGAGGAAGAACGUGGAGGCCAUGUCAGGAAUGGAAGGAAGAAAGAAGAUGUUUGACGCAGCUAAAGGUCCUGCGCAGUGAACGACGGCAGAGUUGUCUCCUCUUCUGCUCCGGCUGGUUUUAACACACUGCUGUCUUUUUUUUUUUCCUAUGCCAGGAAGGGUUUUUACUUCACCCCGCCCUUCUUAGAUAACGUUUUAAAAGGUACAGAUCUAUGUGCGAUUAUUGCGUCAACUUUUUUUUCUAUAAUUAUUUCACCAUUUCAGCACAGGAACACUUACUGUACGUGAGCCUUUCAUUUCCCUGAUAGACAAAUAUGGUCUGCUGCUGACAUAAUGGUAUGAAAAGUGAUCUAAUAAAAUGAUUUGCAUGUUUUAUUUUCUUCACUGUGGAGAAAUCCUUAUCUUGUCUUAUGGUUUUGCAAACCUGUAAGGCGACAAACUCUUCUGUUGCAUUUACAUGAGAACAUAUAAAAUACACAAAUAAAAUACUGGA